AGCCCAAAGAAAAGGAAGAAGCAGCAGACAUCCCAGGAGGAUCUCGUCCCGGCGUGGAAAACUGUUUUCUGGGUUUUCUGGGAUGUGAGAAGCUUUGGUGCAACAAGUUGGACGAGGAUCCGUCGAAAAGCGAGCAGGAUUCUUCAGAUGAGGAUCCGUCUGACAAAGAAAAUAUGCUUCAGGAGAAAGAAGAACUUAAAGGUGAUGAAGAUUCAGACUAUCAACCUGAAGAGGAUGUGUGUUGAACAGGAAGUCCCUUCAAGUCAACAGAAAAGGGAACUCUAAAGGGAGAGAGAAGAGAAAGUUUAUGACAGAAACAUCAUCCAGUGGGGAUUUAAAGUGGACAGUAGCUGCUCUCUGAUCAUCAACGCCAUCAAUGAUGAUGAUGAUGAUGAUGAUAAUGAUGAUGAUGAAGCUGGACUCUCCACCUGGAUCAGGAACCUCCUCAGAUGGCCGUGUGUGUCUGAGUGUUUUGAUCACCUCAAAGAGGAAAUAUGAUCAGUAUUUUCAGAUCUGCAGCAGAGAAAAAUCUCUCAGUUCAGCAGCUGAUAGACGGACAGGAGAUGUUGGUUCUGGUUCUGGUUCUGGUCGUUGUGCUUCAGUUUGAAGGAACCAGAGGAGAAAUUCAUCUGUAUCACAGAGAAGGAGAAAAUGUUGUUCUACCUUGUAACAGUCCUUCAUCAGAUUAUUCAUGCUCUGUUAUUGAUUGGGUUUACUACAAAGAUACAAGCUCAGCUCACACAGUGAUUGGAAAUGGUAAAGUUGAUCAGAGUUCACCUCGAGCUUCCAGGUUAAAUUUGGACAAUAUUUGCUCUCUGAUCAUCAACAACAUCACUGCUGAUGAUGCUGGAAUCUACAUCUGUACACCUGGUUCAAGAUCCUCCUCUGAUGGUUUAGUCUAUCUGAAUGUUUUAACCAUUUCAGACGCUGAUCCAACAAAUGAAGAUUUCACAUUACAGUGUUCUCUGUGGAAACAUGGAGGAUGGACUUCUUGUCCACAGAAAAGUUUCCGCUGGUUUGAUGAGACAGGAAGUGAACUGACCAGUAAAAAUGAUGAUCGCAGAUCAACACAAAGAUGUUUUUCUUCUCUAACUGUGAAGCAUCAGAGCGACACCAACAGAAGAUUCACCUGCCAGUUUGUUGAAAGAAACAAAAUUAAGAUUGAAGUUCAAUACACACAAGUCCAUCUCUACCACAGAGCAGGAGAUGAAGCUGUUCUGCCCUGUAACAGACCUUCAUCAUCCGACUCAUGCUCCUCUGUUGACUGGAUUUAUCAGAGAAAUAAAAACAUGAACAGGAAACAGGAAGUUCAUAAAGGAAUGGUUCAGAGUUCACCUCGUUCUGCCAGGAUGAGUUUGGACAGAAACUGUUCUCUGAUCAUCAACAACAUCAUGGCUGAAGAUGUUGGACGUUACAGCUGUGGAUAUAAUACAGAUGUGUAUCUAAACAUGAUGAUCAUCUCUUCAUCUCCUCCAGAUGUUGAUCCAACAAAGAAUGAAGAGAUCACAUUAUUCUGUUCUCUGUUGAGAUCCAGAUCAUCAGGUUUUUGUCCAGAUAAAAGUUUCCUCUGGUUGGAUGAGACAGGAAGUGAACUGACUGGUGAAGGUGAUGGAUAUAAAUAUGGAGGACAGUUUGGUUGUGUUUCUAGUCUGACUGUGAAUCUUCAGAGCAGCAGAAGAUUCACCUGCCAGUUUGUUGAAGGAAACAAAGUGAAGAUAGAAGCUCACUAUGGAUCUGAAGGAACCAGAGGAGAAAAACUUCAUCUGUAUCACAGAGGAGGAGAAAAUGUUGUUCUACCUUGUAACAGUCCUGAAUCGUUUGAUUCAUGCUCCAUUAUUAACUGGCUUUACAACAGAGAUAGAAGCAAAACUCACUCAGUGUUUAUAAAUGGUAAAGUUGUUCAGAGUUCACCUCGAGCUUCCAGGUUAAAUUUGGACAAUAGUUGCUCUCUGAUCAUCAACAACAUCACUGCUGAUGAUGCUGGAUUCUACAUUUGUAGACCUGGUCCAGGAAUCUCCUCUGAUGGUUUUGUCUUUCUGAAUGUUUUAACCAUCUCUCCAUCUCCUACCGAUGCUGAUCCAACAAAGGAAGAUUUCACUUUACUCUGUUCUUUGGUGAGAGAUGGAGAGUUUGGUUCAUGUCCAGAUAAAAGUUUCCUCUGGUUGAACGAGACAGGAAGUGAAUUGACUGGUGAAGAUGAUGAAUAUAAAUCUGGAGGACAGAUUGUUUGUGUUUCUCGACUGACUGUGAAUCUUCAGAGCAGCAGAAGAUUCACCUGCCAGUUUGUUGAAGGAAAUAAAGUGAAGAUAGAAGCUCACUAUGGAUCUGAAGGCCCCCCCGCCUCGUCUCCUCUGAGCUUCAUCAUGUUGACUCUGAAGAUCACAGGACUGAUCCUGAUCGUUGGAAUCACUGUUGGUAUCAUCAGAACCAGAGGAAGAAAAAAGCCUCAGAAAGACGUUAAUGUUCGUUUUUCUGUUGAUGACGACUCAGUGAAUUAUGAAAAUGAUGGAGAACGUUCUGCUGCCGCCGCUCUCCACUGAGCUUCAUCACAUCCAGGAUGGUUCAUUAAAAAAGCUUCAUUUUAAUCAUUAGCUGGUACAAAAGUAUAUUUUGCAUGGAGUUAUCUGCAUAUGAGUAUUAAUUUUGAGCUGUGUUGGAUUCAGUGUUUUAUUUUUUUAAUCCAUUAUAAAUAAAUCUAAAAGUUGUUUGAGAGAAGAAGCUUUUACUCUGUAAAUAUGUUGUUUGCUUCCUUUUUAGUGCAAAUAAAAGCUUUUUUGCA